AUGAAUGAUGCGAAGGGCCGCAGCCUGCCACGUCUUCAGAGUCCCAUCCUAACAUGUGCUAUGCUAUUUAGCUCAGUUGCCGUAAUAGACACGCACCAGCCGUCGACGGCACUCCGUGUCCCAAAGUUGGCUGCUCAGAUGAAGCUCAAACAAGAUGAUAACCGAAUGCGCCAACGAAGGCACAAACUUCUAUUCCAACGCCAAAAGGUAGGAAAAGGCAUGGACAAAUUUAGCAUUAGGCAUCAGAAGUCCCAACAUUCCAAGGUCGCGAGUCGUGCCACAACCUGUCACAACACCGAGGAACGGGUCCAUGAUGCUGGCCAUAUACUGCGCCAUAAUAUUCUUGGCUCGGAGGGCGCAUACCUGCCGAGUGUUCAAGUAGUGACCAAAGGUGUCAGCGCAAAGUGGCCAGUGUGCAGAAGGAUCGCUAUCUACGGAGUCGAGUCUCGGAGGACCAUUGGCACUGUUCAUAUGCGCCUGUGGCCGGUGACCAUCCCUGCAAAUAAGUGA